AUGGCUGCUGAUCAGAAGAGGAAACGUGUAAAUGGGGCAAGUGUUGUCGGUUAUGGUUCUAGAGAGCAACAUAGGACCAAAAGAAAGAAUCCGGGUCUAGUUUCAAAUGACACGAGAUCCCACAUCUCUGUUGAAUGGGAUAGAAACCAGAAAAUAGUUGUUGCCAAGCGGGAACAAAUUGUGCCCCAAGAAAUUUUUGACUUGGAUAAUUUAAGUGAAGUGCUUUCGUAUGAGGUUUGGAAGACACAUCUUUCUGAAAAUGAGAGAAGCCUUCUUAUGAGUUUCCUCCCUAGGGGCAUAGAGCCACAUCAAGCCGUGGAAGAUUUGCUAGCUGGGACUGACUUUGACUUCGGAAAUCCCUUUUUGAAUUGGGGUGCUUCACUUUGCUCCGGCGAUCUUCAUCCAGACAUAAUUGUUGAUCGGGAACAGCGUCUGAAGUCUGAGAAGAGAGCUUACUACAAACAAUUACAUAAUUAUCACAAUGGUAUGAUAGGAUUUCUAUCAAAGUUGAAAGAGAGGUGGCAAAGCUGCAGAGAUCCAGAAAAGGACAUUUUGCAGAAGAUGUGGAGGCCAAAGCAUGCUCCGAAAGGAAUAUCCUCAAAUGUGAAUGAAUCUAGAGUUAAUGAUCAUGAUGGGAAUGUCACAGUGACAUCUGAGUCGUGUUCCUGGGAUACAGAGGAGAAAGCAUGUAGUAGUGAAUACCUAAUUUCUUCAUUGAGAAAGGAUGAUAAACUUCAGAAAAAGGUUCUUGAAAAAGGCAUUGUGAAAGGUAAAUCCAGAAAUUCGAUGUUUACUUCAGAUGGCAUGCACGUUAAGGGAGAAAAGCCCAAGAAAGAAGACAAAGUUCUCGAGCGUAACAUUCGUUUUAUUGAUGGCGACAAAUACAUGUCAUGUAUCAAGAUUAGUAGGAAGCAGCAUGAACUUGUUAAAAGUAUGAAGCAGUCUGGUAAAAGCAUCCAAUCUAAGUCUCUUAACCGUGUUUUGGGCAACCUCGAUGAGAUUCAUGUGCAGCCAUACGAAGUAUUUGUCAAAGAGGAACAGAAGAAGUUGCAUGAGCAUUGGUUGCAGUUGGUGAUCAAAGACCUCCCUGUAGCAUGUGCAAACAGGAUGCAGAGACAGAUACAAAGAGAUGCAAUGAGGAAUUCUUUGGUGGAAGAGAUGAAGGACAAAUCAACUCCAAUCUUUGAGGAAGAGAAUAAUUUGAGCUUGGAGAGGGAACUUCAGGAUCAGGACGAGCCCAUGAGCUUGGGGGAUGAACCUGGGGAUCAAGAUGAGGAUGAUAUAAGCCCAGUAGAGGACCAGAAUGAAGAUGUGAGCUCAGGAGGCAACCUUCAGGAUCAAGACGAGGAUAGUAUAAGCCCAGUAGAGGAUCAGAAUGAAGAUGUGAGCUCAGGGAGUGAACUUCAGGAUCAAGAUGAGGAUAAUGUAAACCCAGUUGAGGAUCAGAAUGAAGAUGUGAGUUCCGGGGGCGAACUUCAGGAUCAAGAUGAGGAUAACAUGAGCUCAGGGGAUGAGCUUCAAAAUGUGGUGGAGGAUGGAACAGAUCUACAUGAUCAGUCUAGCAUGAAAGAUUAUGAGGAUUCUGUUGUUAGGGCUCUAGAGAUCCGGUCCUUACACAAUUCUUACUCUAGUUGUAAUGACCAUUUCAAUCAAGUGAGUGUGGAUUCAGAAAAGAAUAUUGUUUUAUCAAAAUCAGACGACACUUCACCAAAUAGAGACGAGUAUCCAAGGAAUACAAACGCUUGUGAUGUUUCUACUGAUGAAGAAGCGCCUUUCACUUCUGGAAGUGAUGUCUGGCAAACUGUUGAAAUGGCACCACAUCCAUACUAUGACUCUGCUGCGACAAACAAGUACACAGCUAAUGGGUUAUCACUGGCUAAUCCUCAAGCCAACGAAGAUCAAAGAACCCAUGUGAUUGAUCUUGAAGCUGAUUUGCAUCAAGAAGAGACAGGUAAAGAGUUGUUACAUGGACAUUUGGACAAUGGGACAUCCUUCAGUACUUACGAAAGCCAGGAUCGAGGCACUUUAAUUCAAUCUCUCUUCAAUGGAGAGGGGCUGUUACCUUAUCAUCAUGAACAAAAAGGAGCUCCGUUGGAUUUUCAGACUUCAAACAACAUUAUGAUGGGAGAUGGCCAAUGUUCCAGUCAUUUCAAGGAGCCCUUGCAAAUGUCGCUGACAUUGGACCCACUGCAGAGUAGAGCUACCGAGGUUUACAUGCCAGAAAGCAUGUCCGAGAAUAUUCAUUCCAUUGCAGGAGGAAGGUACUUAAUCCCCAGGCAAGAUCCAUUCAUCCCCAGGCAAGAUUCAUUGGCUGUAGCAAAUGUAACCGACUGGGCCGCUAAUACUGCUCCCAUGGCAGCUCCAUCCCAAUCUCACUUGAAUACGGGUAAUUUUAUUGGUCAUCAUUGGCCCCCAGCUAACCACCACAUUCGUGGUGGCUGGAAUGGAUCAGAUGGCAGCAGUCUUUCGAGUCAAAGUGUCAGCACUGGAUCAAACUCUGAUCAGAGCCUAUUUAGUAUGCUAUCACAUUGUAACCAAUUACGGCCCGGUACCUCUUAUGAUUCCGUCAGAAACCCAGACCAGUUUCUUACUCCAAGAACUUAUGGAGUAGAUGCAGGCAUUACCAGGGUGAAUCCGGCUGCUUUGCCACAGGUUUCCCAUCCACUAGAUUACUUCACCGCACGCGAGGCUGCACCUAGUGUAAUGGUGCCUGAUGACAUGACAUGGAUGAAUCUGCAACAUCCGAAUUCUGCAUUACAUGAUCCAAUGGGAAAGCCUUAUUUAAAGUCAUGGCACAGGUAA